AAACUUAAAUUCAAACUCUUUUGCUGCUCAACUCAAUUUCUCAACCGGAACCCUGAACCACGUUCCGGCGCCGGAUGGAAGAGAUUGACGCAUUCUCCUCCGCCGAAGCCGGCAAAACUCUAAAGGAUUGCGAACGCAUGAUUCAGACGAGUCUCAAAUCUCCAAUGGUGAAAUUCUUGAGAGAACACUUGGAGAAAGCUGGUUGUCCUGUUCAAGACAAUUUCUUCAAAGCUAUUAACUGUGAUAAGCGUUAUGCUGGCGGUUACAUUUCCGGUGAAGGGAUUGUUGUAUGUGCAAAUCGAAUGGAAGUGCAAGACAAUGUUAACCAGGCUAUAACUCACGAGCUAAUUCAUGCAUUUGAUGACUGUCGAGCAGCAAACUUGGAUUGGACUGAAUGUGCUCAUCAUGCUUGUAGUGAGAUAAGGGCUGGUCAUCUAAGUGGUGAUUGUCAUUUCAAACGGGAACUUCUACGAGGAUUUAUGAAUAUACGAGGGCAUGAACAAGCGACCGCUUCGCAUUCUGCUUCGUUUCUACACGAGUCUUGUUUGCCUCAGUUUUUCCAUUCAACAAUAGGUUGUGCUGGAUGAUGAUUGAUGACAAACUUAUGGUGGGUAAAAUGAAAAAUUGAUGAACCGAGUGAAUUCGUCCUUUUCAUUGUAUUUUCUUGGAUGCAAAAAAUCAUAUGGCAUACACACAGUUUGUUAAAAUUGAAUCCCAACAUUGUAUUAUUUUGAUGUCUUUAACUUUGUUUUUAACAAUAUAUUAUUUUGAUGUCUUCACCAAAAAAAUCAUUGUUUCAUCGCGAGCAAUUGUUUCCAGAUUUCAUUGUUUCACUGCGAGCAAUUAUUUCAUCAUUGUCCUACA